GGACCUUCCAUGCUCCCCACACUCAGCGUGCAUGGCGACGUCGUGGUCACAGAGAAGCUGAGUGUUCGCUUCAACAAGCUGCAAAAAGGAGAUGUUGUUGUGGCCACUGCACCCCGGGAUGCUAGCAAAUAUGUUUGCAAGCGAAUCAUUGGCAUGCCCGGUGACCGCGUGUGUGUCAACCCAACUGAACGGAUGCGGCGCUUUCGAACCGUGCCUCGCAAUCACGUUUGGCUGCAAGGCGACAAUUUGGCCAAUAGUACUGAUUCGCGAUCCUACGGUCCCGUCUGCAUGGGACUGAUACAGUCACGUGUCGUUCUCAAACUCUGGCCC